GAAAGCCGUUUAUUUAAAUUUCAUUUUAAAAAUCUUUAUUUUUCGGUUCUUUUCAAAUUAAAUCCUAUAAGAAUAAGAACAAUUUGACCAUGUUACCAUUGACAUUGUUGCGUACUGCUCAGAAUCAUCCGAUGUUAGUUGAGCUAAAAAAUGGUGAAACUUAUAAUGGCCAUUUGGUUAGCUGUGAUAAUUGGAUGAAUAUCAAUCUACGUGAAGUGAUCUGUACAUCACGUGAUGGUGAUCGAUUUUGGCGUAUGCCUGAAGUUUAUAUACGUGGUGUAAAUAUCAAAUAUCUUCGUAUACCUGAUGAAGUGAUCGAUAUGGUUCGUGAAGAAGAAUCUAAACAUCAACGACAAUCACGUGGUAAAAUCGAUACAAAUAAACGGCCAUUAUUGAAUCGUAAUAGCGGUGGUGGUGGUCCAAGUGGACGAGGAAAUUUUGGUGGAAGUGGACGAAAUAAUCAAAAUCGAAAUCCAAAAUCAAAUCAAAUGUCGUAUAAAAAUCGAAAUAAAUAAUAUACAACCAUUUAGCAUCAUCAUGAGAUUUUCAUCAUCAUUCAUUUUUUUUCUCCAAAUUUGUAAAUCCAAUACACACAGACAUUUAACUCGUACAAACACAAUCGAUAUAAUACUUAACGAUAUUUUUGGUCGUCGAGACAAAUGAACAAAAAAAAAAAAAAAUUCCAUCAAACACACACACACAUACACAUUCAAAUUGUGAAAAAUUCUAAUAAUAACUUUUUAAAAAAUUUGAUCAGAUUGUUCGGAUUUUUUUUUUGUUUCGAACGUAGAUUAAAUCUAAAUCCAAAUUAAUGACAUUAUUA